AGAAAAUGCUCGUUCAAUAUUCUGUACUCUCUCUCUCUCUAUCUAAGCCACCUCCAUUUAUAUCUAUUUGAGAUAUCGAGCUUCAUUCUCCAUCUUCUCCUAUAUAUAUAUAUAUAUGAGUACGUAAUUUUGUUCUUUUAAUUUCUCUCGCUAGAUCAGCGGCUCUGUUUCUUUCCUUCGCGAGCUUCGUUUAAUUUCAUACAUACAGAGGGAUUGCGUGUUGCCCAUUAGUUUUCCCUCCCAAAUCCCAAUAUGCAUUGUUUCUUUCCUUCUUGGGCUUCUUGAAUUCCGAUUCUCCGCCGUAAUUUGGAAGCACAAUCAAUUGUUCAUUCUUUAUAAGACCCUUCAUUCAUUUGAGCUAUCGAUUCGUUAAUUCUUUCCCGUUUAUGCAAAGCUUUGUGUGUUUCAGAAUGUUUGAGGGAUUAUUUGGUCGUAAAUUUACCUCAAAAUGCAAAUCUUUGAUCAAAAUCACGAAGACCCGCCUGGAGACGAUAAAGAAGAAGAAAACUGCGGUGCAGAGGUAUUUGAAGAACGAUAUUGCAGAUCUUCUUAAAAGCGAUCUCGAUUAUAAUGCCUAUGGAAGGGUUGAAGGUCUUCUGGUUGAGAUGAAUAUGGCGUCGUGUUACAAUUCCAUCGAGCAGUUUUGUGAUUUUAUCUCAAACCAUCUCGCUGCCAUACAUAAAGAGAGUGAAUGCCCUGAGGAAUGCAGGGAAGCUGUAGCAUCUUUGAUGUUUGCAGCGGCAAGAUUCGCCGAUUUGCCGGAAUUGCGUGAUCUCAGAGAUAUGUUUUCUGGGAAAUAUGCAAAUUCCCUGGAUUCUUUCAUUAAUCAAGAGUUCGUCGAGAAGUUGAAGCAAAAGCAUCCAACAAAGGAAAUGAAGCUUCGAUUAAUGGAAGACAUUGCCCAAGAACUCUCUAUAAAAUGGGAUUCUAAGGCUUUGGUUCAGAAGCUGCAUGCACCACCUGCCUCUAAACAGAAUUUUGGUUCCAUGGGUAACGAACGACAUAGAACAGCGCCGGAGGAAGUCAAUGAUGAUGGAUACAAAAAACCCAGCAGCAGAGAAAAUGCAGUCCCUAAAAGAGAGAAUCGAACUUCGUCUCAUGAUAGACCAACACAUAUCAAAGAAGGUGGCCAACAGAAACCAUCAGACUCGGGAAGACAUGUUUCGGAGGAAGAUGUGGAUAAGAGGAAACCAUCGCACAACAGAGUUGUUCCCCCUCCUUAUGUGAAACAAUCAGCCUGUGAAGGGGAAGGAGCGGGACCCACAAAUUUGAAGGAUCAUGGUAGUCGGGAGGACAUCGAUAAUCAGGAUGAUCCAUUCGAUGAAAGCAAGCGAAAACCGAGAUCAGUGAGGAGGAAAUCCUUGAAACCACCACCGGGCCAUGACAAUACUGGCAUUACAAGCCCAGUAGGAGCGAGACGAGAACAUGCGAGUCGUGGUUUGCAGUUUUUGCGCAAGGAUGAUGAAGGAGAUAGAAUGGCGGAUGGGCAUUCAAAGCAUGGUUCAAAACAGUCAACUUAUGAACUGGGAAAGGCUAAACACAUAUUGAAGCCUCCUCCUUCAUGGCAGGCAGCAGAUGAUGCCACAUCCACGAGUAAUCGCGAACGCCGGAAAUCUGAUUCUCUUGUUCCUCCGUCCAAAAUAUCAUCUCUCCCAUCAGAACCAGCCACUUCGAGUGAGGCAUCCAGAGGUCAUGCUCGAGCCGUUUCUUUGCAGCCAGAUAUGUUCAGCCAAGCAGGUCAUGUGCACCCUAAGCUUCCAGACUAUGACGAUUUGGCAUCUCGGUUGGCAGCCUUCAGAGGGAGUUGAAAGAUAUCAGCAUUAGGAACUUAGGAAGGUGUAUUUUAUUUACCUGAAAACAGAUUCUUUGCACCAAGCAUCCAUUGUAAUCUUCGUCACAGAAAUUCUUAAGUAUCUAGUUUCUUCCAUUUGUAUGUUGUGAUUAAAUUUCAACUUUAGAAACAAAUUCACUGCAGAAGUUCUGUUAUUUUGUACCAGCAUUACUCCAAGAAAGAAAUGGAUUUGAGCGUUCAUAGAAA